GCCUCUGGUUUCUGUGCCCAUGGUCUUGACCAGAAUGGGAGUGUCAGAGGGGUUCUGGCACCAUGAAUACUGGCUGCCACCUGGAGCUAUCUGGGAAGACUUGAAGGAGUCUGCAGACAUAUACUACCCGCAGCCUCAGCACCUCCUGCUCUGCAUCCCUGGUGCCCUGUUAUUGAUUUUUGUCCAAUGCAUCUUUGAAAGAACCCUUGCUCUGUCCUUGGGCAGGGCAUUGGGGAUGAGCAACAAGUGGAGAUUCAAAGUUCAGACCAAUGCCACACUGGAAGGCUUCUACAUUCUGCUGGGCAGAGCCCCAAAGAAGGAGGAGCUGGUUUCACUGGCCAGGCAAAGUGGCCUGCUGGUCAGAAAGGCAGAGACUUAGCUGAGGCAUCAGCGGGCCCAGGACCACCCCAAGCUGAUGAAGGAGUUCUGCAAGACAAGAUUGAUGUCUCUACCUCCCAUAUUGGGCUUGUUCUACCUCCUGGAGAUCUCCUACUGCUCACUGGUGGCCACCCCACCCUUUGAUGUGAAGAGGAAGGACUUUAAGGAACAGAUUAUCCACCACAUUGUGACCAUCACUCUGAUCUUUGUCUCCUACUGUGCCAGUAUGAUAUGGUUAGGGAUGAAAAUCAUGCUGGUGCAUGAUGCCUCUGAUUAUAUUUUAGAUCUUGCCAAAAUACUCCAUUACCUGAAAUGCAAACAGGUCUGUGAAGCAGUAUUCAAUGUUUUUGCUGUGGUUUUCAUAAUCUACCAGCUUGUCAUUUUCCCAUUAAUAUAACAUUUUGCUCCAGUAUCACAAUACAAAUUUAUAACACCCAUAAGCUGUCUCAGAAAUGCUUUCCUGAUGAUCCUGCAGUUGUUACACAUUUUCUGGUCCUAUGUGAUCUUCAAUGUCAUCCUCUGUGGUGAGAAAAGACAAGAUGUCAGAAGUGACACUGAAGAGAGUGAAAGGAGCGAAGGAGAGGAUCUGGAAAAGCACAAAGAAUAACACAGGGCUUGCUGCAAAACACCAGGAUCCAGUAAGUCUUUGGAAUGCAGGAAUGCUGAA